AACCCGUUGCAAUUUGUGGGUUUUCGCUGCUGGUGCGGAUGUAACCGAUGUUGUGAUUGCUGGGGUGUAUAUAGAUAAUUCAUCUCGAACGGCAAGCUUCGAGGGUCAUGGGCAGAUCCUAUUGAGAGCUCCAGCAUGGCAAGUCCAACUCAUUCUGAAGGCAUCCCCGCCGCCAUCAGCCCAGCCAAGAAGCGCAUUAUCAUGCAAGCCUUUGUGAUGGGUUGCGGAGGGCACAUGUCGAUUGGGCAAUGGCGGCAUCCCGAGGACCAUUCCUCAGAGGUGACAGACCUGGAGCACUGGACAGACAUCGCGAAGCUGCUUGAGCGCGGCAAAUUUGAUGCGCUUUUUCUAGCCGAUGUCCUCGGCGGAUACGAUGCUUAUGGGGGGAACAUGGACAGCGCCGUCAAGACCGGGACACAAUUCCCAGUGGUAGAACCGACAUUGAUUGUCCCUGCCAUGGCAGCCGUGACGAAGAACCUAUGCUUUGGCGUAACCGUCUCGACAACGUAUGAGCAUCCAUUCCAGCUCGCGCGGCGCUUCAGUACGCUGGAUCAUCUGACCAAGGGAAGGGUGGCCUGGAACGUCGUGACAUCGUAUCUGGAGUCCGCUGCGAAGAACAUGGGUCUUGAUACGCAGGUGCCACAUGACACACGGUAUGAGAUUGCUCAUGAGUAUAUGGAUGUUGUCUAUGCGCUGUGGGAAUCCUCGUGGGCCCCGGACGCACUUGUUUAUGACAAAGCCACGUCGACCGUGGCCCGGCCAGAAGGCGUUCGCCCGAUAAAUCAUAAGGGGAAGCACUUCUCCGUAGCUGGUCCGCAUCUCGUUGCUCCAUCGCCGCAGCGGACUCCAUUUAUUUUCCAAGCAGGCUCCAGUGGGGUCGGCUUGGACUUUGCAGCAAAGCAUGGAGAGGCCGUCUUUGUCUCUGGGCAUGCGCCGCAUAUUAUCCGGCCCCGUGUCGACGUGAUCCGCAAGACAGCCAGAGAGAAAUUCGGACGGGACCCAGCGGAGAUCAAGGUCAUUGUCAAGGUAACAACAAUCAUCGAUAAGACUGAUGAGCUCGCCCAGGCCAAGUACCUCGAGAACAAGAGGUAUGCAGACCACGACGGAGCGUUGACCUUGAUGGGCGGCUCUGGCUUGGACUUGAGCCCCUAUCCACGAGAUCAAGACUUAUCCAACACACCGCUCGCACAGAAAUUGGUCGACUCCUACCGCUGGAAGCACCUGGAAUCUGAGAAGUGGACGACUGGAAUGCUAGCUGAGUUUGGGAGCAUUGGUGGAAAUGGCCCACUGCUUAUCGGCUCACCAGCCACGGUGGCAGAUCAACUUGAGGUGUGGCUGGAUGAGGCAGACGUUGAUGGGUUCAAUUUUGCGUAUGUGACAUGGCCCGGCACAUAUGAAGAUAUUGUGAAUUUGCUAGUCCCGGAGUUAGAGAGACGGGGUAGACUCCCAGUGGGCGAGGAGGAGCCACGGACAAUGAGAGAGCGCUUCGUGGGACGAAAGCAUGUUGGAAAUAAUCAUGCGGCGGAAAAAUACAAGUGGGCAGCUCUUUAUAGGAGUGAGUGAGUGAGUGAGUGGCUGAAUGGAUGAACGAAUAAAUGAUUAAAUGAUUGAUUGAUUGCUAGAUUGAUAGAUUGAUAGAUCGACA